UGCGGGUCGUGUGUAUCUGAUCGACUUUGGGAUGGCGGAUCGACCUGAUCCAAAGAAAAAGAGGAAGUUGUUCGAGGAAGAGAAACUUGAAUUGUCUCGUUUGUUAGACUGUUAUGCUGU